ACGAACACAUGACAAUUCAAAUACAAAACCCCAAAAAAUUGAGAUUGUGUAGGUGCAUAGAUUCCCUCCAGCUAAAAAUAUCUCAGAUUAGUUUAUCCAUAUAAUAAAAACAGUUACAUAACAAACUAAAGUGAAGUAAACAAAAAAUCAGUUUAACAGUUAUUACAGAGAGAUAUCCAUGGCAUCUUCACUACCACUAAGUUUCAACAUCAUCACUUCCCAUCUCCCCAACAACCUUAAGUUCCUCACACACCAUAGUACUCACCACAACUCCUCAACAUCCCUCUCCAUAUCUCACAUUUGCUACAGCACUUCACCCGAAAGGGAAGAGGAGUCGCGGUGGCUAAGGGAGGAAGCGCGGUGGUUGAGGGAGGAGCAACGAUGGUUAAGAGAAGAGAGAAGGUGGGAAAAACAGCGAGAAGCUUUGUUGGUUGAAAUUCAGAAGUUACAACUCCGUGUUAAGGAGUUAGAGAGUAGAAACAGUGUUGUUGUAGAAGGCUCUUCAGUGUCCGAAACUGUUUCUGCAAUUGCCAAGUUAUUACAGCUGCUGAAGGAGGGGGAGGCGGGAAAGAAUGUAACUGUGAUCGCAGAAAGUGGAUCGAUUGCUUUGCCAUUAGUUUUAGAAGCAGCAAAGCAAAAUGAGGUUGUUGUCAAGGAAGCACCGCAACAGGAGAAGGUGAUUAGGGAAGCUCCUAAAGAAGCAGAAGGAGACGGUAACAAGGCCAAGAAGAGGCGAACUUUGAAAAAGGGAUCCGAAGGAGAUGAAGUUCGACUGAUGCAGGAGCAAUUGUUAAAAUUGGGCUUUUAUUGCGGUGAGGAAGAUAUGGAAUUCUCAAGCUUUGCUGGUGGGACAGAACGUGCUGUGAAAACUUGGCAGGCUUCAUCUGAUGUCCGAGAAGAUGGCAUUAUGACUUCUGAGCUUCUUGAAAAGUUAUAUACGGUGCAAAAGAUUGACACAGUGAAGGAAAAUCCCAAACAACCAGAUGGAACUGAAGCUAAGGCUAGUGCAAAUGGUGCCCCAAUUGCAUCUAUCAUGGAAAUAGAGGAAGUUCAGCAGACGAUUGUGAAAGAAGAUGGUGUGUCUGAAACUGAGGUGUCACACCAUAGAGUCUUUCUCCUCGGUGAGAAUCGAUGGGAAGAACCUUCCAGACUUUCUACAAGUAAGAAACCGGCGGAGACUACUAAUGGCAGCAGCACCACCGUGAAAUGUCUUACUUGUCGUGGAGAGGGUCGCCUGUUAUGCAUGGAAUGUGAUGGGACUGGUGAGCCAAACAUUGAGGAACAGUUUAUGGAAUGGAUAGAUGAAGGAAUGAAGUGUCCUUAUUGUGAAGGCCAUGGAUUUGUAACUUGUGAUGUUUGUGAUGGCAAAAAGAUGGUGAAAGCUUAGUGGAUAUAUUUGCACUUGUAUAUUCAUCCUAACAUCAGUUUUCUUCUUUUGAUUCUUCCCUUUCACCACAUAGACCAAAGAUAAAUUGUAUUGUAGAUAUCAAUAUUUGAGGGGAGGGUUCACAAUGAGAAUAAAAAUACUGACAAAUUUGAGUCAAGCCUAUAAAUAUGUAAAAAAAUAAUACAGAAAAAAUCUUCA